AUGGCCUGCUGUGCAGCAGAUGAGUUCGAGAACGAGAGGAGUUUGGAGGAGCUGGCAGCCGAGAAGGCCUUGGGUAGCAAGACGAGGAAGCUGACGCUGCGCGUGAACGUGUUCUCCGGGCACGACAUAGCGGAGUACCCCACGUACCUCUCCGUCGAGGUGCAGGACGCCCUCCAGUCGCACCAGGAGUUCUCGGGGGAGGAGCCGGCGAGCCGCACCCCCGUCUGGGGGUCCAGCUUCGAGCUCCCACUGAGCUUCAGCCCCGGGAACUCGCUGGAGGCCAGGGUCACGGUGUGGGGCAAGAGCCAGGUGCACGGCCGCCUGGACUGGCAGAUGGGAACGGCCACCAUCCGAGUGCCGUGCAGCCCGACAGACUGGCCCGUGCUGAUGGACGUCCCCCUCGGGCACGUGGCGGCUCCCGGGCCGUUCAGCAGCGCGCUGAAGUCCACGCUCCGGGUGGCGUACGAGGUGCUCGAGGGGCAUGCCUCGAACGGGAAGCUGCUAGAGGGCGUGAGCGAUCUGCUGCACAUCGCCACGAUGGGAGACGCGGGCAAGAUCAAGACGCAGUGGAACAUCAGCGCCACGCUCCACAAUCUCACCCUCUAUGGCCUGCACGAGGGCCAGACCCUGAUCCACGAGGUGAGGCUCCGGAUCGUCAAGAGGCAGAGGCAGCAGGGCAAGAAGCAUCGGGAGGUCGUCGGCCACAGCAUCUCCACGGGCAGCGUCAGCGCCGCGACCGACGACAGCGGAGUCCUGAGGGCAGACCUGGUGUCCGACAGGAGGGACGAGCGGGGCGCCCCCCUCCCGUGGGGCAUCGACAAGGAGCCGUGGCAGAUGACCGCAACGCGUGCGCAGCUGAACGGCUACGUGCUCGAGGUCGCGGUCCUGCAGGUGGAGCCGGGCGGGGACUCGCACGAUCACGACUCCAAGACGGUCACGGUCGGCCUCUGGGAGGAGACUCUGGGCAACAUGCUGGACAACAUCCGGGACUUCGGCUGCAAGGUGAGGCUGAAGGCCCUGCUGUCCAAGCCCGGCCAUGCCCCGCUGGCGAGCACGGUGGAGCUCGGGGUCGACAUCUGGGACCUGAGCCAGCACAGGGACAUCCCGCCCAUCUUCGACGUGAAGCCGCGCUCCGGCCGCUCGAUCGCGCUGCAGUCGCGCCAGCAGAUGAUGUACUUUGUGCUGUGGCUCGACCGCUUCGUGCCCGCCCACGGGCAGUCCCCGGACCCCGUCCUCCGCCUCACCGUCGGGAGAGCCAGACGGUUCUCGCUCGGGUGGACGAGGACGCCAGCACCCCGGACCGGUUUGCCUUCGAGCCCGUCGGAGUGCUGA